ACCCUCUCGAGUUCGGAAAUAAGUGAUGACUUUUUCGCACCUCGACCGUCCACCACCCUCAGCCUGAACUGGUUCUCCGCGCAGCCGUAUUCAGCGGGCUCAUGUUUCCAUCCCCGUCUCCGUCUCACUGUCACGCUGUAGACAACCCUCCCUGCAUUAAUCCCCGUCUCAGAGAGAGCCCGGCGCGUGUCUUCCGGCUCGCCUCCUGCGAACGAACAUGGCCCCCCCACCUACCAUCCCCGUGCUCCUCCUCAAGACGCGAUCUCAACCGCAUGACGCAUACGAGGAGUACUUCGCCGCCUCCUGCAGCGCCACUAUCAUCACCACCACCACCGCUCAGAGCACGGAUCCUCCCCAUCCCGUCUUCGUGCCCGAGUUCGUCCCCGUUCUAGACCACCGGGCCAACACCGAGAACCUGGGGGUGCUGGAGGAGCUGCUGAAGAGGGGGAGGCUGAGCGAGCGCUACGGCGGGAUGAUCUUCACGAGCCAGCGGGCGGUCGAGGCUUGGGCCGACGUGGUCAAGCGAGUCGAGCGGGGUGCCGAGCGACGACAACCAGGGGGGGAGGAUGACGAACAACAAGGAGGCGUGAGUGCGUCACGUCCGGAUUUGGGUCUCGGUGUGACGCGCACAUCCAACACCACGACAGACCACGACGUCGACGGCACGAGUCCCCCCGCCGCGGGGCCUCUCUUGGACGACGACUUUGCAUUCCCCCUCUACACGGUCGGGCCGGCCACCUCGCGGGCGCUGAACACUCUGGUCGCCGAGUCCGCGGCGCUCGCGCCGUCCUCCUCGCCGUUCUCGCGCCUGCGCCCCGCCGUGCUGGGUGCACACACCGGCACCGGCGACAAGCUGGCCCAGUACAUCCUGACGCACUACAACGGCCUGCACGCGCGGCGCCUGUACACCUUCUACGACGCGCCGCGACUGCCCUUCACGCCGGUGAUGGGACCCACGCCGGGGCAGAGGAUGGGCCGGGACGACGCGAGGCUGCGGAAGAAGCCCCUCCUCUUCCUCGUCGGCGAGCAGAGGAGAGACGUCAUCCCCAAGACCCUGGCAGACAGGGAAGGCCGCCUGGCCCCGGAGGAGCGGAUCCCCGUCGACGAGCUCGAGGUCUACACCACCGUGGUGAUGGAGUCGUUCCAAGACGACUUUCGGAGGCGGAUCGCCACCGCCGCCGCGGCGCCGGCCUCCUCCAAGGAGGAGGGCGGGGCAAACGGCCUCGUGGUCGUCGUGGUCGUGUUCAGUCCGCAGGGCUGUGAGGCGAUGCUGCGAUCGCUCGACUACAUCGACCAGGGUCGGGCGCUGACGGACCGCGCGCGGAACCGGUGGGCGGACCGAGUCGAGGACCACGAUGCGACCGCCACGCCGGCGCAGAGGUACGUUAUCGUCACCAUCGGUCCCACGACGCGCGACCAUCUCCGGGACAAGUACGGCUUCGACCCGGACGUGUGUGCCGCCAGGCCGAGCCCAGAAGGCGUGGGCACGGGUCUGAUGGAGUUCCUGAGACAGAAAGGGUUGAUAUAGACAAAGACAAAAAGAAACUGCCUUUUCCUUCCCCCCGUACUCUGUUCCUGGACCCGGAAAGAGGGAGGGGAGCUUGUACAGUUUAUCCAAUAAUAAAUGCAUCGAUUCUAAUGGGA